UUGCUAGAGGCACGAUAGCAGCGUUGGUGCAGGUGGGAUCAAAAGUGUGUUAAGUGGUGUUGAGUUGAAUGCGGUCGACGGGACAGACGGACAAAGCGCGGGCACCACCGAGGAGCCCGAGGCAAGAGUCACCCCGUCAACGCGACGCGAAGGUCUUCCGAGGUGUGGCCAAAGGACUUGAGUCGUUAUGGUACGAUGAUAUUGAUGCCGAGGCUACCUGCGCCCACCACCUGCUGCAAGCUCAAAGCUGCCCGUAGUCUUGGAGGCCGGCGUCGCGGUCGUCGCGUUGUUCAUCAGCCGGGACCACCGCCCUCCGCCACUGACCACCCUCGAAGGAGAGCCAGACUCCCGCAAUGCAUGCCGGGGAUCACAGCGGCGGUCGUAAUGGCAGCGGCGGAUAUUAUCACAAGACAUGCUGCCCGGGUCGAUCGACGGACGAUGGCCACGGCGCCGCGGAGCUGUUGUGCUGCUGCUGCACAUGCACGGCGUCGGCGUCUCCGAGUCUGCUGACCAGCCUUGGCGUAUGCAUUUUCGUUCUGGCCUACACCCUCGUCGGAGCAUUCACCUUCAUGGCUGUCGAAGGCGGCCUGCAGUCGGACUCGUCGGCCGUAAUUUCCUCGAAGUCUGGACCGGAAGAAGCGGCUGCUCUGAGCGCAGAGAUCCGUUCACUCACGGUGGAAAAGCUGUGGAGCAUCACGGAGGACCUUAAUAUACUCUACAAGGACAACUGGACCCGUUUGGCUGCCCAGGAAAUCCUCGAUUUCCAAAAUACCCUCGUUCACACUCUCAGGAAACAGCUUUACCAGGCACUUCCUGCUACCACCGGGCAGCAUCCGACCCGCCAUCAUCGGUGGACCUUCAGCAGCAGCCUUCUCUACUCCUUGACGCUCAUCACGACCACCGGUUACAGCAACGUCGUGCCGAAGACGCUGUGGGGCCGGCUGAUCUCGAUAAUCUACGCACUGACGGGGAUUCCGCUGCUGCUGGUGUACCUGAGCACCGUCGGCGACGUUUUGGCGCGGAGCUUCGGUCGGCUCUACGGGAGGCUGUGCCGCCCUCGAAGCUGUACGCGGAAGCCGUCGAAGGCGUACCACAACCACGUGGACUCGAAAUCCGGGGGCAAUUAUUACCCCAGCAAGGACAGCUCGUGCGACGACCUCGGAAGGGCGGGGAGCGUGGUCCUCCUCGACUGCGGUAGCGAGGGGCUGCAGGCGGCCUCAUCGUCGACGGCGCUGGACCCGAGUAGCAAAGGGCACCUGCAUCACGGCUUUCACCACCGCCUGCCGUGUCCGAAGGCUGUCAGGAUCCCGAUAACGCUCUGUCUGCUCAUCAUAAUCGCCUACAUUUGCGGCGGCGCGGUUCUUUUCAACCGUCUCGAGGGCUGGUCGCUGCUCGAGAGCAGCUACUUCUGCUUCACGAGCCUCGGGACGAUUGGAUUCGGGGACCUGGUCCCCGGGGGCGCGGCGGCGCCCUCGGCCAUCCUCGAGGAGCUCUCUCUCUGCGCGACCUCGCUCUACAUCCUCCUCGGUAUGGGCCUGAUCGCGAUGUGCUUCAACCUGGUGCAGGAGCAGGUCCUCCACGUCGUCCGGGCCGUUGGACGAUUUUGCGGGAUGGGGGGCGGCGGUUCCGCAGAAGGGCCCCCCGACUGCCGAGGCCCUGGCGCCCCCGACGACGAGGGCAUACCCAUGUCCGUCGUCUCCGCGGCUUCCUGACACCCCCGCACCGCGGGGGAUGGCAAGCUCGCCCCCGCGCUGACCCACCCCCACAACCACAACACCCUCUCGCACAUUUCCCAGAGCAAACGGCCCGCCCCAUCCCCCGGGCACCACUCCUUACCCCGGAAGAAGAUCGGCGUUCCGGAUUGCCGUGCGAAUUCCCACUUCCAACGGGGCCAGCCGACGCGACGGUCCGGGGGACCCGGAAUCUCUCCUGACGACGGGCCCGCGCACUUCGAGUACUUCGUUCCCCGAAGCGUCAGCGAGUUCAAUCUGGCCGCCGCCGUUUCCGACAUCGCCGUCCCCCCGCCGCCGGCCUCCGUUCUCAGGCCCGCCUCCGCAACGUCAGCACUUCGGGCCCCCGGGGGUGGACCACAGGGUGGUGGCCGGGUUGCCGACGCAAUCAGCGCCGCGAAGAGCCGGGAGAAGAUGGUCACCUUCGAGGACGAGGGUACCUCCGCCGUCGGAUCUACUCCGACGAGGAAAAACCUCACCGCUCUUGGCGACGUGUUCAUGUGACGCAGCCCCGGCUGAGGGUGUCGCACCUCAUCGCUUACCUCGCUCGAUAUCACGCAAAACUCAUCCCCGAACUGCAACUUCGACACUGGCUGCUCGGCAUUCGCCGAGGAA